AUGGAUGAAGUUCAUGGUUUAGGUGAAGCUGAAUCGAGAUAUGUGGAUAUUUGUAGUGUUAAAAAAUGGUUAAGUUGUCAUUAUCCUGAGCUGUUAGUAAUAAUUGAUAUAACUUCUGCUGGAAUUGACAACAAUCAGAUUCUCAGAAAGUGGAAUUCAACUUAUCUUAUGUUAGAUAGUUGUAUCCUGUAUAAGCCAUUUUUCUCUCAUUUGAAGUUGGUAGAUUCAGACUAUGAAGACUGUCCAACUGAUGAAGAAUGGGAACAAAUUGAAGUAGUCACAAAGUUUCUCAAGAAAGAAAACAGAAAUGAUAUUGAAUUCAUUAGGAACAUGGUAAAAGAGAUGCAAGAAAAAUUUGAUAGUUAUUGGAAGGAGUUGAGUCCUAUAUUGGCUAUGGCAGUUGUGUUAGAUCCUAGAUCGAAAAUGAAUUUUGUGAAAUUUACUUACUCCAAGUUGUAUCUUGAGGUGAGAGAAUUAGAACGUGAAGUUAAUAAAGUGCGUAGUAAUAUGACAUCACUUUUUAAUGAGUAUUACACCUUGUCAAGUACAAGAGCUUCCAAUAGUUGUGCAACUCAGAAUUUGGGUAUUCAAAAUGGUGGGAAUUCUGCUGCCGAAGAAGGGAGUGAUUUUUUUCAGGAAUAUGUUGCAACACAGGAACGUGGUGGUGAUGUACUUACUGACUUGUCAGAGUUAGAUGAAUAUCUUGGCGAGUCGUACAGGGGUUGUCUAAAUUCACCACUCGACAUCCUAAACUAUUGGAAGAACCAUGAAAAACGAUUUCCGGUACUUUCAAGAAUGGCAGGGGAUAUUUUGUCAAUUCCUAUUUCAACUGUCGCUUCAGAAUCUGCAUUUAGCAUUGGAGGAAGGGUAAUUGAUCGAUUUCGCAGUUCUUUAUUACCUGAAAAUGAUGAGGCGUUGAUAACAACUCGUGAUUGGGAAUAUGGAAUUGGUAAGCAAAUCAGUAAUAUUGUUUUUAGUUGA